AUGAGUGAUAUUUUAAGUAUUAUUUGUGCCGCCGAAGCAGCCGGUGAACUAGACGGUUCUACUCCACAAACUCCUACAACAUCAAGGAAAUAUUGGGUACAUCCACUUAACCAAAAAAGAGAUGAAGAGGAUUUGUUUGGAAACUUUUAUAAUUCAAUUCGGAAAUAUCCCAAGAAAUUUUUUGAAUAUUACCGAAUGUCGAUAGCUUCUUUUGAUGAGUUAUUGGAAACUAUGCGUCCUCACUUAACAAAACAGCAUACUAACAUGAGGAAUCCUAUAUGCGUUGAGCAAAGACUUACAAUUACUAUAAGGUAA